AUGGUUAGUAGGAUCGUGGACAAGCAGAAGCGCAACAAGGCGCUCAAAAGGCGGCUGCCGGUUCUUCUGAAGAAGGCCGGAGAGCUCGCCACCCUGUGCGACGUACCGGCCUGUCUUGUGGCCUACUGUCCCGGCAAGGCCGAGCCAGUGGUCUGGCCGUCGCCGGCAGCGGCCGCCAAUGUGGUGCGACGGUACAGAGACCAGCCAAACGUGAAGGGUUUCAAGAACGAGCUGGGCGGCAAGGAGUUCCUGAAGCAAAAGAAUGACAAGGUUAGAGUGCAGAUUUCCAAAGUCCAGAUGAAGUGUCGCGAGGAGGAGAUCAAGUGCGUCAUCACCGACUCCGUCACUGGCCACCGCGGUAGCUUCGACGACCUGCCUACUGACAUCCUCGUCUCGGUAGGAUGCACAGUACAGAAUAAACUCCACGCAAUCAAUGCUCGCCUGCAAGAGAUCCGUUCGGGUCGUGCUGCACUCGCGGUGCUUCCUCCACAUUCUCCUGCGCAAAUGGUUGAGCCUCUUCCGAUGGUGGCAAGUCCUCUUCUGCAGGCCCCGGUGAUGCUGGAACCUCAACCACCGCAGCAUGAUGGUACCAAUCCCAUGACCUUGGAUGGGGAGCCAAGCCAUGGUAGCGACCUCCUGGCGAUGUUCGACCCCUUCGACGCCGCUGACAAUGGCAGCGCCCUAACCACCACCGAGGAUAUGCUUGAGGCCUUCCUGCACGCUGGGAUGUUCUCCCCGCUUAUUCCGAGUCCAAGCUUCAAUCCCUAG